UGCAUUUGAGCUGGGCGAAUUCGCAAGUCGCAAAGGGCGAAAUUAUUAUUUAUUUUUAACAUAAUUAUUCAAAACAAUAUUGUAGUAAAUUACUACAAACAGUCAAAAUAAUGUGCACAAUUUGAUGUCCAAAACGUAAACAUUAGGGCAACUGCAUUAAAAGACUUUCAAACAAUAAAAAAAGGGUCACCAACAAAUUAAAGAUCUGCAAAAGCAUUUUUAAUUAAUACACCAAAAUUAUUCGCAACAUGGACGAGUCGGAACUGCUCUUCAAUUUGUUCUAUUUUCUGCUUUGUAUGGUAAUCAUUUACCCACCAGAGGAGUUCUCCCGUUUGGGUUUUACUAUUGAACAGCUGUUUUCGCGGCUAUUGGGCGAGGAGUAUCAGGACUUUGUUGGCUACCACCUGCGGCGGACAUCGCUCAAUUUAUUUGUUCACUCGUGCCUCCCGUUUUCAUAUUUCCUUAUACACAGACUUAAGUUCUCAGUUUUUGCCACGCAAGAGCCCCUCGAGGAGUCUGACCUAGACCCAGAUUUUCCUAUGCCACAAGAGGCGGUGGCAUUCAAGACGCUGACGUGGAAGACUGCUCAACGGUUUAGCGUCCUGGCCGUACUAGCAGUGCCAGCAUUGAUUUUUAAUUGGCACCAGCAAAACUGGCGUCGCCACCCUAUCAAUAAGGCAUUAUCCAAAUAUGCCAACAACAAUAAUCCGGGAAAUUACCGAACGGUGGCCAGCGACAUUGCCAUCGAGUUCCGUCGACCGGAGAUCUACAAGAAAAAAUUGAACUCCAUUAGCACGGUCAUUGCCACAGAUAACUGGCUGAUUAAGACGACAAUGUACAAUGUGCACUUUGCCCAUCAAAGCAACACUACGCUCAGUGUAGCAAAGGCUGAGACGUACAACAUUUCGCAACACGACCAAAAUGAUACAUUACAAAUGAUCAGCAUCGUUGUGAAGCCCAUGCGACAGGGGGUAUCCGAUUUCCACAUACGCAUCAAUGCUCUGGAGUUUCGCAAUUUGGAGGAUCGCGUCCGCAGACCAAUCGCCAUACCAUCGGACAUCCAAUUUCAUCGCAGUGUGAUUGAUCGAUUUGUGGAUGUUUUCAAAACGCAAGUUGCUCUAAAUCCCAUCUUUAAUUCGGAACCCAUUACAGACAAAUGCUUCGCUUGCAUGCUGGCCGAGCCGAACAUUAAGAUAAACAAGCAAUGCGUCGAUGUGAAUCGCCAGGGCGUACCUCUCACGGAUGAGGCAUGCUGCUCCAACUGCUACUGCCGACCCAUGUGGUGUGUGGAGUGCUUGGCCCGUUGGUUUGCUGCUCGGCAAAGCGAUGUGGAUCGUGAAGUGUGGCUAGAGCAAAAGUGCACGUGUCCCAUGUGCCGCGCCAAGUUUUGCGUGCUGGAUGUGAGCUACAUAAGUGCACCAGCAGCAGCGACAGUGCAAACGGACUCCCAGGGGUCUGAUUUGUCCUUGUGAUUUACUUUACUAUGCCCAUGCGAAUGUUUUAAAUACUAAAGAACUCAUUGUAGUUUUAAUCGAACCUUGUGCUUUAUUGGUAAGAUUAAACAAUAAUCCUUCAUAAAGUAAUUCUAACAUAUAAUUAAAUAUAGGUAUCACGUUUUAAUACUUGUCUAAUAUAAGCAAAGCAAGAGAUAUUAAUGUACAGGCGAUAUAAGAACAUAUGUGGAGAAAUUGAUAUCAAAUCUCCGGAAAUGAAUAUAUAUUUAUGUAAUACUAAAGCUUCAUCCAGCAGCCAGAGCAGCCCCAGCUAGGCAUUUCCUUCCUCUCUGUCCUUCUUUUGAUUUAAUAAAGCGUCAUUAAAUGUUA